CCGAGAUUUGGGCUCUCUGAUCUCUUUGUGACUGCAGGACCCAGAGCUGGGAACGCGACGUGAAUUAGAGCGGCUCCGGGAACUGGGCAACGCGGACGGGCGGUAUGGGAUGCUUCUGGUUGUUUGUGCUGUGCCUCUUCUCUCCAGCUGGAGCAAACUUCACUGAGCUGACUGGGAUGUUUGGACAGAUUCAGUCUCCCAACUACCCAGAAGGUUAUCCGAGUGAUUUAGACUUAACUUGGAAUAUCACAGUUCCCACAGGAUUCCGAAUCAAACUCUACUUCAUGCACUUCGAUCUGGAGCCUUCCUAUCUCUGUGAAUAUGAUUAUGUGAAGGUCGUGUCUGAUGAUUUGCUGGAAACAUUUUGUGGCAGAGAGAGUACUGACACUGAACGAAUCCCUGGCCAAGAGUUUGUGUUAACAAAGAGCAACACCAUGACUGUUACGUUCAAGACAGAUUUUUCCAAUGAGGAACGAUUCACUGGCUUUGAAGCUCAUUAUUCUGCCAUCGAUAUCGAUGAGUGUGUGGAGAAGCUGGAUGAAGCAUUGGUCUGCGACCACUUCUGUCACAAUUUCAUCGGUGGAUUUUACUGCUCCUGCAGAUUCAGCUAUAUCCUUCAUUCAGAUAAUCGGACCUGCAAAGUUGAGUGUCGUGACAAUGUAUUCACUGAGAAAUCAGGCACGAUCAGCAGUCCAGACUAUCCCAAUUCAUACCCCAAAAGCUCAGACUGCCUAUACCGCAUUGAACUGGAGGAAGGAUUCACCAUCUCUUUGGAAUUUGCAGACAUCUUUGAUUUAGAAGAUCACCCUGAUGUGCCGUGCCCCUAUGACUACCUGAAGAUUAAAGCUGGAAUAAAUGAGUUUGGUCCGUAUUGUGGAGAUAAAAGUCCUGGGAAGGUCAAUACAAACAGCAGCAGUAUUCACAUUACCUUCCACAGUGAUGAUUCAGGGGAUAACCAAGGCUGGAAGCUCACUUUCACAUCAGUUGGCAACCCAUGUCCUGUUGUACAUCCUCCUGCCAAUGGUACAAUUGAACCUGUCCAGGAGCAAUAUUCAUUCAAAGAUCAGGUCCAAAUCAGAUGUAACACUGGAUUUAAAUUUGUCAAGGGUGGUGAUGAAGUGGAAGCAUAUCAGAUUGAGUGCCAGAAAUCUGGAACGUGGAGUAGCAGUAUUCCUACAUGCAAAGUUAUCGACUGUGGGACACCCCGACCACUCGAGGAUGGAUUCAUCACUUUCCAUAGCACAGACAAUCGAACACUGUUUGGAAGCCACAUUGAAUAUUCAUGUCAUGCCAUAUAUUACCGGAUGGAGACAGAAUUGAACACUACAUAUACCUGUAUGGAGAAUGGGUUUUGGGUCAAUGAUGAACUGGGCACAGAUCUCCCUACCUGUCAGCCAGUGUGUGGGAAGCCGAGAAUAAAACCAUCAUCAAUCCAACCUAAAAUAGCACAGGGCAGAGCUGUAUCAAAAGGAGCCUUACCAUGGAUCACAAUGUUGUCGAAGAAUGGCAUUCCUUUCUGUGGUGGGUCAUUAAUUGGGCAGAAGUGGAUCAUAACUGCAGCCCAUUGUCUUCAUCCUCCAUAUGACCCUGACAAUCCAAAUCUGAGCAACUUCCAACACAUUAAUGUCACAUCGUUUAAAGUCAUUUUAGGGAGGCAGAAAACGUUGAGAAAAGAAGAAACAGAACAAGUGUUUCGUGCUAAAAGAAUUAUCUCUCACCCCUGUUACAAUGGCUCAACCUUUGAAUUUGACAUUGCGUUGUUGGAACUCCCACAUAAAGUGACAAUAACAGACUAUGUGAUGCCAAUCUGUCUACCAGAGAACUCCUUCUCAACUUUACGUACAGAUGAUAUGGUGAUAGUCAGUGGAUGGGGCAAACAGUUCCUGCAUUCAAUUCCCGAAACUCUGAUGGAGAUUGAGAUUCCUAUUGUGGACCAUGACAAAUGCAAGAAUGUUUACUCUCAACUUGGGAGACAAGUAACAGAUGACAUGAUCUGUGCAGGUCUGAAGCAAGGUGGGAGUGAUGCCUGCCAAGGAGAUUCUGGGGGCCCAAUGGUGGCGCUAGACAAUGAAACAAAUCGCUGGUUCCUGGUAGGGACAGUCUCGUGGGGAGAUGGCUGUGGAGAGGACAACAGAUAUGGAGUUUAUUCUGAUGUCAGGAAAAGCCUAGAGUGGAUCCACAAUGUAACAAAAGUCAAGAACUUUUGAUAAAUUUUAGGAACUCAAACCUCAAAAAUAUCAAAUUGUUUUCAAUCGUUUUUACUGCAACUUUGAAUGAGUUUUCUGUAGAACAAUCUAUUGUAAAUAUUUCAUUCCUUUGGGUAAAUUAUAUAAUUAUAACACCAAAAAUCAGCAACACAUUUCUGUCUAAGUCAUGAA